CCCCGCGCCCCCUUGCUGGAACCCCCGCGGCUCUCCGUGCAGUUGCUGUUUUGCGAUCCCUCUCGCCGCCCAACAUGCCAUUCAUUGAGUUGGAAACGAACUUGCCCGCUAGCCGCGUACCUGCCGGGCUAGAGAAGCGGCUGUGUGCGGCCACCGCCACCAUCCUGGACAAACCUGAAGACCGCGUGAGUGUUACGUUAAAGCCUGGCAUGACCUUAUUGAUGAACGGAUCCACAGAGCCCUGCGUCCAGCUUCUGGUCUCUUCCAUCGGUGUGGUGGGCACUGCAGAGCAGAACCGCAACCAUAGUUCCGGCUUCUUCGAGUUCCUGACCAAGGAGCUGGCUCUGGACCAGGACAGGAUAAUUAUCCGCUUCUUCCCAUUGGAGCCCUGGCAGAUUGGAAAGAAAGGGACUGUCAUGACGUUUCUGUGAUUGAAACAAAGAAUCCAGGGCAUCUGCUGAGCCUGUCCAGAGCCCUUCUAGAGAGACCUCCGGACAGAGUUGUGGCCCGGUAGUUACCACUGCCAAAUACUUCUUGUGCAUAUAUGGCUUCGCUGUAGUUUCACUGCAUACUUUUUCCCCCUUCCCGAACCUCAUGAAUAAAUAUGAAAUUAAAUAAAUGAAGAGGACAUAAUCCCAACAUAA